AUGCAAAAACAAAUUCAGGGUAGUGCUGAUGAACUAGCCCAACAUGAACGAGAGCGUGUUUCUGAUCACCUAGAGUUGAUAACUGUGUAUGCAGGAAGUAUGGAUUUACAGAGCAUGAAUAUAAGAGAACGACUUAAGGAACUGACCUCAAAGAGGGAAGACUUGAUGAAACAACUCUCUGAAUGUCGUCAAGAAAAUGAGAGCUUAAAGAAUUCCAUAAAGAAUUUGGAGAAGAUUGUCAAGGAUGUCCGGCUGAAAAUGGUGGGCCACACUGAGCGACUGAUCACAAUAGAGCGGAGAAUGGAAGAGCUGCCACGCAAAGAAAAGUUUGAGGAGCACUCACGCGAUUUAGCAACCAUAAAAGAGAAGACAGACAGAUUACAACAACAAAUCUUAUCGAUGGACGGGGGUGCAACUGUUUCCAGAUACGGAACCCUUAAUGCUAUGGCAGAUGCACUAACGACUCAGCUGGCUGCUCAUGACAGGCAGAUUGGCAUUCACGAUGUGAGACUUGCCGAGAUGGAUCUUAGAUUUCAGAUCUUGGAAACGGCCAACUACGAGGGCGUGCUGGUGUGGAAGAUAAAAGAUUACAUGAGGCGAAAACAGGAAGCGAUAACCGGCAGAACCCUGUCGCUGUACAGCCAGCCGUUCUACACGUCGCUGUACGGCUACAAGCUGUGUGCCCGAGUCUAUUUGAACGGAGAUGGGAUGGGUAAAACCACUCACAUCUCGUUAUUUUUUGUAUUAAUGCGAGGUGAGUACGACGCAUUAAUGCCCUGGCCGUUCCAGCAAAAGGUAACACUCUGCCUGCUGGACCAGGGACCACUGGGUCCUCAGAAGAACGAUCUGUCGGACCACUUCCAACCGGAUCCAAACAGCAGCAGCUUCAAACGGCCCACCACGGAGAUGAAUAUUGCCUCGGGCUGUCCACUGUUCGCAUCACAUUCGGUAGUGGAAAACCCACGCAAUAAUUACCUGAAGGAUGACACCAUCUACAUCAAAGUGGUGGUAGAAAAUGUCGCUACUAGCGUGCAGUAACCAUAUCGGUUAUGAGAUGCAUACUGUUCUGAAUUUUCAAUAGAAAGUAUACUGAUGUCCAAAAGAAACUUUGCAUUCAUAAAACUUUAAUAAUUUGAUAAAAAAAACAUUUGCUAAUAGAAAAUAACCAGUUUAGAAAUUACCUUCCAAAUACUUUGUAUGUAUCACAAAAUGUAACAUCUUUAUGCAAAUGACAUAAAAUAAAUAUGCAU